ACUCCCCUCUUCCAGUACACUAGAACGAAACGCGAAUACAACAACACACAACAAAAAUGUCUCUAAGACCUUACUUCUUCGACUACGACCUUCCAAGAUGGCCACGACGACUUCUGGACCAGAACUUCGGACUGACCGUCACCCCAGAUGACUUAAUGUCGGCUUCAGUAAACCCAAUCAGCCCAAUCGUCGCUGGAGUCCAACCUUGGUGGCCCAAAAGUUCAGGAUCUACAAUCAAAGUGGACAAAGACAAAUGGCAGAUCAACGUGGAUGUCCAGCACUUUUCUCCAGAUGAAAUAGCUGUGAAGAUCAGUAAUGGAUACAUUGUUGUUGAAGGCCAGCAUGAGGAAAAGGCGGACGAGCAUGGAUUUGUGUCCAGAAAGUUUGUGAGGAGGUUUAAGUUACCGGAGGAGAGCAACCCUGAUACUGUUGAGUCCAGGCUAUCUUCUGAUGGCAUCCUGACGGUGGUGGCUCCGAAGAAGGCUGAGUCUGUGAAGGGUGAGAGACCAGUGCCCAUUACCCACACCGGACCAGUUCGCAAAGAUGUUCUCGAAGAAGCGAAGAAGGAAUGAUGACCAGACUGCAUUAUGAGACUGUUUCUUUAAUUGUGUUAAGUUUAUUUUAAUGCAAUGUUUUAUAAAUAAAGUGUUUUUUUUACUUUU